UAGAAGUCUCUGCAUCCGCUUAAGAUUCGCAAAAAAGUUCUGAGAAAGAUGCACGAGGAGGAUGGUGGUCAGGCCGAUCCGAGCAGAAAUUCACGGGUUUUGCCUACGAAGUCAUUUGAUGUGGCAGAGCUUGAUGCCUCGAAAGACGAGACUCCCAAAUUAUGCGGCUACUUGAACAAACUUACAGGCAAGGGGCCGUUGAGAGGGUUCAAGACCCGAUGGUUUGUCUACGAUCCGAGGAAAUGCUAUCUGUAUUUCUUCAAGAGUCCUCAAGACGCUCUCCCACUCGGACAUAUUGAAAUAGCCGAUGCAUGCUUCAGCUAUGAUGUGGAAGGAGAGGAGGGACAGUUCGAGAUACGUACCGCUGGAAAGGAGUUUUUACUCAAGGCUCCCAAUAAGCAGGUGAUGCAGUACUGGCUCCAGCAGCUGCAGCAGAAACGCUGGGACUUCUGCAACACUCGCGGAGCCGGCAUCUCCAGGGACAACUGGAGUUCCCCCACCUCCCUCUACCCCCUCACCGGCCUGGUGGCCAAAGACGCAGGCGCCACGGCUGCUGUGCUGGGUGAGAAGCCCACGGAGAGCAUGGAGAGCGUGCGGAACGACUUCGCCGUGGAGACGGACACCAACGGCCUGGUGGGCGUCCAGUCGGCACGGCAACCCACGGCGCCCCUCACCCCAGCACUCAACUCUCUGAAGAACUGGGGCGAUGGGAUCAGGAACUCCAUGUCCCACCUGCGUGCUGGCCGUGGCAGUGAGAACAGGCGGAGCGUCUUCUACACGCCCUCCAACGAGGACUGGGAAAUGCUGGAGCAUCCAGGACCAGCCAAGGACCUCUCCGAGCCACACAAGCCCCAGACGGAGCACCCCCGGCGGGAGAGCCCUUCACACCUCCACAGACAUUCCAUUGGCUCGGCGUUCACGUUCGACUUCGGGCGGAGCACGGGGCGUCCGAAGCGUCCCUUCCUGCGGGACGGGAUCCUGGGAGUGGCGCGGUCCACCCGCAGCGGCGAGUCGUCUCCGGUGGAGUGCAACGGCAGCAAGAGCUCCGAGCUGCAGCUGCGCCUCCACAACCAGCAGGAGGAGCUCUCGCGCAUGCAGGAGGAGCAAACGCGGCUCAGGGAGGAGCUCGCCGGUCAGAAGGAGCUGGUGCGACUCCUCCAGCAGACGCUGCGCAGCACCCAGUGCGAGCGCCGCCCGGCCUCCGCCGCCGCACUGCCACCACCGGUGGCACCGGGGGACCCCGCGCACGCCCAGGCCCAGGCGGACGCCUACCUCCUGGAGCGCGAGGAGCAGAUCCAGAGCCUGUGCGGGCACAUGGAGAGGCUGGCGCUGGAGAAGGAGAGCCUGCAGCAGGAGCUGAAGACGCUCAAGAUCAAGGUGGGCGAGAUCAACGAGCAGCUGGGCAUGCUCAUGGAGACCAUCCAGGCCAAGGACGAGGUCAUCAUCAAGCUGUCCCGGGAGUCCGGCGAGGAGGCCGGGCAGGCGGGGGAAGCAAGCUCCCCGACCGGCAUCAAGGACCAGCACGAGCUCGACAACCUCAAGGACAGUCUAGAGGGCUACAAAUCCCAGAACAAAUUCCUGAAUAAGGAGAUUAUGGAGCUGACUGUCCUACGCAGGAACGCAGAGAGCCGUGAGAAGGUUCUGGAGGCAAAGUACACAGCGCUGGAGGCCAAGCUGUGCCAGGUGGAGAGCAAGUACCUGGUGCUCCUGCAGGAGGUGAAGACUCCCGUGGGCCCCACCUCUGAGGUCAUCACCCGGCUGCUGGAGGACGCGCUGGAGGUGGAGAGUGCAGACCAGCAGGAGCACACACUCCUCAAGCCCCACACUGUCAGUGAGUAUGACGUGUACGGCUUCAAGACUCUCCCCGAGGAGGAGGACGAGGAGGAGAAGCUGGUGGCCAAGGUGCGGGCGCUGGACCUGAAGACGCUCUCGCUGACCGACCAGGAGGUGUCCGUCAGCGUCAAGUGGGACAACUACCUGGCGGGCACCAUGAACCGCGAGAUGGCGCGCUCGCCCGAGCUCAAGGCGCUGAUCCGCAGCGGUGUGCCCCACGUGCACCGGCCCAAGGUGUGGCGCUGGUGCGUGUGGCUGCACAUGCACAAGGUGCGCGAGUGCCUGGCGCAGGACUACUACCGCGGCCUGCUCAGCCUGGCCCGCGAGAAGCAGAACCCGGCCUCCAAGCAGAUCGAGCUGGACCUGCUGCGCACGCUGCCCAACAACAAGCACUACUCCUCGCCCUCGUCCGACGGCGUCCACAAGCUGCGCAACAUCCUGCUGGCCUUCUCCUGGAGGAACCCCGACAUCGGCUACUGCCAGGGCCUCAACAGGUUGGCAGCCAUAGCUCUCUUGUAUCUGGAGGAGGAGGAUGCCUUCUGGUGCCUAACGACCAUUGUGGAGGUGUUCAUGCCACGGGACUAUUACACCAAGACCCUGCUGGGCUCCCAGGUGGACCAGCGCGUGUUUAAGGACCUGAUGUGUGAGAAGCUGCCGCGUCUGCACGCCCACUUUGAGCACUACAAGGUGGACUUCUCGCUCAUCACCUUCAACUGGUUCCUCGUGGUGUUUGUGGACAGCGUGGUCAGCGACAUUCUCUUCAAGAUCUGGGAUUCCUUCCUGUACGAGGGCCCCAAGAUCAUCUUUCGCUUCGCCCUUGCCCUCUUCAAGUACAAAGAGGAGGAGUUUCUGAAGCUGCAGGACUCCAUGGCCAUAUUCAAGUACCUGCGCUACUUCACCCGCACCAUCCUGGACUCAAGGAAGCUGAUGAACAUGGCGUUUGUGGACAUGAACCCGUUCCCUCUGCGGCAGAUCCAGAACCGCCGCACGUUCCACCUGGAGAAGGUCCGUCUGGAGCUGACGGAGCUGGAGGCCAUCCGCCAGACGUUCCUGCGAGAACGCGAGAACUCCCAGCAGGGCCGCGAUGUCAUCAGCGACGACGAGGAAGACAACUAGUCACGCAAAACAGCCAAUCGGGGCGCACGACUUUUGUUUUGGCCCAAUCUGCUUGUGUCUUCUGGAACCAUCCAGUGUUUGAUUGGCCCAUCACAGAGCUUUCCAUCCCUUAAAGAAACAGUGUUUCCAGUCUUGUGACUCAGUCAGAAGAAAGGGGUGCUGAAUGCGUGGGGCUAGUAUCAGUGCGACAGACGUCCCAGUUCCUGGUGUGGUUUGAGCAGGUGUGCGCCUUGCUGUUGGACCAAAGACGCGUGUCGCCACCCCAGCAGUAUUUUUGGACCAGACCUUCGACGGCUGGUCAUCCUGAUUGAUUGUGUUUGCUUCAGAGAUGGCGAAACCGCAAACUGCAUCUGCAAAGUAUGGACGCCAUCCAUCAGUACUUCAAUGCGAAUCAGUAUUUUCACAGGGAAGGAAUUGAAUUCCUUAAAAUUCUUGCAAAAUUCUCAGUGAUUUGAUCAUGUUAGUGAUCCUUUUAGUCACGUCUGUUUGUACAAGAAGAAUUACACUUAUGUAUUGUUAUUUUACUUUUAUGCUUAUGUAUAAUACCACUUGAUAAUUAUGUGUAUCUUCCACAAAUCUGCUUUGUCCUUAAUGGGCUGCUAUUAGCCUGGCUGCCCUCACCCCACCCCCACCCCUGUUCUCACCCCCACCCCCGCUCUCAGUAUAUUCCUGGCGUAUGUCUCUUAUAAGGCACUUGAAUCACUUUACCCUGGCGGCCCCAGCUGCUGCCAACAUUGUCCUUGUACAGUCAAAACUAAUUAUGACCGUCAUUUCCAGUCGAAGGUCAGUCUAGGCUUUUCAAUCCUAAACUUCUGUGCUUCUAAACUUUCCAAACUUCUAGAAUGCGUUGACCAGAGGGCCUGCUGAGAGCCCCCUCUGGAUCCUGUUGUGUUUACAAAACACUGCUUUGGUUGUCCUUCUUGAAUGCUUCUCUUCAUUAUGUUACACAGCAGCUGUGAUGCUCUGCAGCUAGGUUGGAAGAACUUAAUUUGAAAAAAAGAAAAAUGGUGUUGCUUGUUUUACCACUUGAUUUGAGCCCUAAUCUCUGGUGUGGAUUUCUAAAAUAUAUGGGCUAUAAAUUAGGAAUUUGCUUAAUAUACAUUUUACAAUGCAGAAUGCAGAGUUUGAUAACUGCUCACCUUAGUUGCCUUGCUUCAGAGGAAACAUGUUCCUCCUGCCAGCCACUAGGUGGCACUAGUGCGCUGAUUAUCUCCAAGCCGCUGUUCUUAUGUUUACUCACUGCUUGCCACUGAAAAGGACUUUUUGGGGGAAUCAGUACCAAAUGGACGCACAUUGUGUUUUAAUCAAGGAGAGCACAUUUAAUUAGGGAUAGUUUUGUAAAGACUUUGGACAUGCCAGUGCCAAACCUUCUUCACAGAAGACGUGGAAUAGGACCGUCAGAGCUCACUCAUGAGGGACUGUUGUAUGACCUUGUCUGUUUACUGCACUUUUCUUCUGCUCUGCGGUCCAGCGUUUGCUCUCUCUGUUUCCCAACCCCCUUGGCUUUGUUUGUUUACAGUGUUGCCCUCACCUCAAAUCGUGUAUGCCUUUCAUAUCGUUCCUUCAAAAUCAAUUUAUUUUACAUCGAUACAACUUGAAUGUAUCUUUUUUGAUGUAUUAGACAAGCUGGACCAGUAACAUUUCACAAUGUUUCGCUUUAGUCAUAAUUAUGACGUUUCCUUUUGAAUCCCUUUCCUACUAUGCAAUACACGCAGCACUGUCCUAGCACAAUCACAUAUGGAAUGUUGGACAAGAGAAAAUUACAACUGUGAAUUUUGAAUCUCUCUUUGAGAGCUGGUCUCUCAAGUCACCAUUUACUUUCCAGUCCCCUUUUGUCUUAACAGUAUCUUGGUACAAUGCUGGUACAAAUCUGGUUACAGUCAGGCGUAAAUUUAGUUCUGAUACACACAUAAUAUUUGAUCAUCUUUCACAUCAAUAAACUGUACUGUACUCUGUUAUCGAUUUGAUAUCAUGAUCUGCAACCUCAUCCUACAGCUUCUUCUCCCAGGCUGUGUCUCUUUGCUCUCUGACGAGUCCUCUCUCCUCCCAGCGUUUCAUCUGCUGCAAAUGUCACAGAGUUGCUUCUGUACUGUAAAGUUGCUGCUGAGUUUAUGUGAUUUACUUCAAUCAUAUAAGCUAUGAUGAAAUGUUUACUUUUUUCUUACAGCUCAGCAUUGUAACUUUGCACAGGCCUCAUGUGGACAUCCAUCUAUCCUAAAAUGCCUGCCACUGCUUUCAAUGUCAGUGAGACUUUUCUGAUGGCGUCUGUGGAGAUUUGAAGUGAUGAAAUUUGUUCAAAAAUACUAUUAAGUAAAAAGUAGUGGUCCUGUCUUUUGGAUGUUACAGAUAACAUGUUACAUGUUACAGUGUAAUCGUUCUUGAUCUUUUAUAUAAACAGCAUGAUUACUCAAUAAACAUUGUUAUCCUGCA